GCUGAACACCUGCUGCAUCCAGCAUCAGAGUCCAGCUAACACAGAUUUGCAGUUUAACUGGAGAGGACCACCAUCAUGACUCCAGUGAUCUCUCUGGUCCUCUUCCUGUCGCUGACGAACGUUCUCCCGGGAACAACAGGAGCUCCAACAAGUGAGUUGAAAGAGUCGAUGGACGUCUCUAAAAUCAUCGAGAGAGCUAAUGCUGGCAUAAAAACCCCCCUGAUCCACGGCGACAUUGUACCAAAUUUACAGAAGAAUGCCGACCCCUGCGUGACCAAAGGCUGCAUGUGGCCCAAAACUGGAAGUUACGUCUACGUGCCCAUCACCAUCGGCCCUGAAUACACCAGCACAGAGCGCACCAUCAUCAUUAAUAGCCUGUUGACCUUCCAUCAAUCCACCUGCAUUCGCUUCGUCUGGCGUACUACGCAACAGGAUUACCUCAGCUUCUUCUCUGGAACUGGGUGUUGGUCCUACGUGGGCCGGCAAGGACGCGCACAGCAGGUCUCCCUGUUGAAAAAUGGUUGUCUGUACACAGACACGGUGCAGCACGAGGUUCUCCACGCUCUGGGCUUCCAUCACGAGCAUGUCCGCUCCGACAGAGACUCUUAUGUCUCCAUCAACAGCGCGAACAUUCAGUCAGGAUUUGAAGGAAACUUCGAGAAGGUGGCAACUAACAACUUGGGUACUCCCUACGACUUCAACUCUGUCAUGCAGUACAGCAAAUUCUCCUUCUCUAAAAACGGCUUGCCAACCAUCAUCGCUAAGAGCGAUCCUAACCUUGAGUUUGGAGACGUCACACAAAUGAGCAUCAAUGACAUCGCCCGCGUUAAUAAGCUUUACGGAUGUUAAAACCUUCCGGAAGUUGUAUCAGCUUGUCAGAAAGACUGAUGGAAGAAAAUGUUGGGGAUACAAGCAUUUUUCCUGGUGGGGGAUUACUUACCUUUUUUUCUUUUUAACCAUUUGUGGUUUGAUUUAAAUCAUUUACUCACUUCUUCAUUGAUUUUAAAAUAGAAACUUUAAUAUUUGGUUAUGUUUUUUUUUUUAAAUGGGAGCCAAGAGGCGAUGAUGUAUUCUUAUUAUUCAUGUAACCCCUGGACUCCCAGUGACCUAUAGGUAUGACGCUGAAUGUGUGUAACGUACAAAGCAUCGCUGUUGUCUACUGUUCAGAGAACAGGGACAGCGUGUCUCUGUGAUAUAAUAAUGCUUAACCCUGAAGUUGAAUAACAGGCUCUUAACACCUAUCCUCACUCAUUUGAUCAUACAUGCACUUGAUGUACGUAGGUUGCUGUGAGUCCAUCUGCAGAUUAUUGAAUAAACUUACAGAAAGAGUUGAAA